UAGCUAGCGAACUACCAAUUAGCUAAAACAAUCAAUUGAAUCUGUUUUUUAUAUUCAACCGUUUGAUAUUUACUGAUUACUACUAAUCGAUUUAAUUAGACCGCACAUUAAUUGCCAUUCGAAAUGAAAUUCUUGCUAGUUAACGUUAACGAACUACCGUUAGCCUGCUAGGUUACAUGGAUAGUUAGCCUGGAACUAAGGGUUUGCAAGGAAAUUAUAUAGCAACAUUGCUUGGUUGUAAACGAUGGCUGAAACUGGGAAUCAUAUGGGCCAUGAGUGCACUGGCUCUCCACACCCCGAGCGGAGGUUGACCUACAGUGGCCUGACUCAAGCCCAGCAAGACAUGCUGGAACGCUGUAUGCACGCGCUAACUCACGCCAAGAACGACAGCCACACAUUGGCUGCGCUGCUUCUGAUCACACGUGUGUGUCCAGCAAAUCAGUUGGACAGUGCAACACUGAGGCGUGUGUUUGAGGCGGUAGGUCUGGGUCUACCAGCACGCCUGCUGGUGACAGCAGUGCAGGGAGGCACAGGCUCAGGACUCCCUGCCGAAGAGCUGCUGUCCCUGGGCACUGCCCUCCUGGCUGCUCUCAGCACUGACCAGGACAUGGCCACACAGCCGCAGCUCCUCAGCACUAUUCCACUGUUGUUAGGCCUGCUAGCAGACGGGCCCGGCUGGACUCCUCAUAGGAAGCCACAAGGCCAGGAGUCUGAGAAGGGUCAGCCUUCAGAGGAAAAUCGCAUGAACGGUGUGGGUCUGCAAGGACGGGGGGCUGAACCACACACAGACCCAGAAGGGCCUGAAUUAAAUGGGAGCACGUCAAACCCUGGAGAGCCAGGCGAGCGUCAGAGUCCAGAGGGGUCCGUUGGCCCCAGCAGAGGUGUGGGCAGGGCAGCUGCGCGACCUCCCGGCCCGGCUGCAGGUCUGGACGAGGCCCUGGCUGCGGACUGCUACCAGGUCCUGAGCAUGGUGUGCGCCUCGGCCAGGGGCCCGGAGCAGCUCCUGUCCCGAGGGGCGGUGCCAGCACUAUGCAGGGCUGUGGAUCAGAAUCAAACCCUCAGCCGGGAGAAGGGACUGCCGCUGCUUGGCCACCUGCUCUCAAGCCGCGUCCGACCCUCGGCCUGGAGCAAACACCCCGCCGAGCUCCUGUCCCUGCUGACUGCUGUCUCUGCAGAGUUUUGCCAGGCAUCGCAACAGGACCGGCUGGAGAUGUGCACCCGGGUGCCACAGUUCUUGCCCCCUUCUGCCACUGUGAUAGAGAGCGGGCUCAGGUCGAUUGUAAGCCAGCUGUGGGGGGCACUCGGGCCCUUUGUGCAGGCCAAAAUCACCCCGGUGCACCUCGGUCCAGUUCUGGUACUGUCUGCCUGCCUGUUGGACCUGUAUGGCUGGGAUCUAGUGGGUCCACCGAAGCUCUGUUGCCUGCUAGUGAACAGAGCCUGUGUGGAAGUGCGGAUGGGCCUGGAGGAAUAUCCCGCCACACACCUGUCCCCUGUGCAGCAGCAGGUGCUCUCCGCCUGCUACCGCAUCAUGGAGGCUGCCAUGGAGCAGGCCUGCAGCCAGGGCCUGGUCCAAGACACUGCCCAGCCACAGACUGCCAUCUCUGGACUGAGUCUGCAGCAGAGCAGGCAGGUUCUGGGGGUCCUGGAGGAAGCCUUCUCUGCAGUCAUCUACUAUCUGCAACAGGUUGGUCAAACUCACCAUGGUGACCCUUUCCUCUUUGCCUCCUUUCGCUCACUUUGUGCCUGGCUGGCAGAGGAAACUUCCUGUCUCAAAGAGGAAGUCAUUGCCCUCUUGCCUUUCCUCAUUAACUAUGCCAAAGGACAUCUGGAAGGAGAGGGUCCUGACAAGGGCCUGUCUGAUUGGAUGUCAAAGAUGUCUGUGAGUGAUGCCACACAGGGCGGGGCCUGGUCACGCGAGGAUGCUUUCAGAUAUCUGCUUCCUGCUCUGUGUCACCUGUCAGCAGAAGAGGGGCCGAGGCAGGUGCUGCUUGGCCUGGACACCCCGGCCCUGCUGGUGGGCUUCCUGGAGCGUCGCUGGGGCGCCCUGAGGGGCAGAGGGGGCGGGGCCGGGACCCGUGAUCCCAGCAUGGAGACGGCCUGCUCCUCUUUGCUCAACUUCGCCAUCACAGAGGCAGACAGAGUCAGGAAGGAUCCAUGUUUUCUCUCUCUCCAAUCUCUGUUGAGCGAUGCACUUCCUGUCCUCCUGCACAAGCCACGCCUACUCGUCCUUGCAGCUAAUUUCUGCACGCUGGGACUGAUGAUUGGCAGGCUGAAACCUGCUUCCAAAGGUCCAGCAGACCUGGUUCAGCGGCGGUUUUUCACCGCGGCCCUGCGCUUCCUGGGGGGGGCCCUAAGCGGCGGCUCGGGGGCGGCUGAAGUGAGCGCGGUGUGGGCGGAGUGGUGGGAGGAGGCGGCUGAGCUGUGGAGGCUGGGGCUCCAGGCGCUCGCCGGCUGCGUGCAGGCCCAGCCCUGGCUGGCUGCCGUGGCCAGGGAGGGCGGCUGGCUGGCAGACACCCUGGCCCUGCUGGCGUCCUGCAGCGCGCUGCCUGAUGCCCACUCCCAGGGGGCGCUAGAGGAGGCGCUUGUUUCACUGGCGCAGCAGUGCCCACUCUGUAGAGAGGAGAUCCGCGCCGUCAUGGUGGAGAACAGAGGAACGCUGCAGAGCAUGGUCCGACUGCAGGGGGCGCUGGCAGACUGACUCACCAAAUGCACAAGUGCACAGACAUGUUCAAAAGGACACUGACAGAUAAUAAGGAGAUGCCAACAUUUGGCAUUGCAGAUAUUUUGUAUUCCUUGUAAUAAAAUCUGACUGACUCUGUGUGGAGAAAGAAAGUACGUUUGCAUCAAUAAAGAUUGAUUUGGCCUCAGUGCUGAACUA